GGUGGAGAGAUACUACACAGACAAAGUAAGAGGUGGAGAGCUACUGUACAGACAUAGCUAGAGAGAGGGGUGGAGAGAGAAUAACCUCAGUUGUAAACGAGAAGCUUCAGUGAGGAGGACAAAGAGGAAAGAGACACUGCAGAGAAAAAGAGAGAGGGCAAUAAAUACAGAGUAGCCCUGUGGGGACCAAGAGGUAAACUGACCCUGACAGAGCGCUCGCUGCGCUGCCAGCCCCCGGAGGCACCAGAGGAGCCCUGAGAGAUUUGUCACAUUAAGAAGAGCCCCCCAGUGCUCUCCACACACACAUGAGCCUACCGCGGCCGCCUCUCUCUCUCUCUCUCUCACACACGCACACACCAGACCACAAGCCGGGGAACGUAGCCGGACAGAGGAGUGGAGUGGACUGGAUGACAAGAGGAGAGGAAAGUCACUGUUUCACUCAAAAGCCUAGAGGGAGGACCAAGAGGAUUACACCCUGAAAAGGAGUCUCCAUUCCCCUCGUGCCGCUCACCCCUGACCCCCGAAGCAAUCAUGAGCAGCUGCAGGAAGAGGUGCAAGAGGGAAAUGUUUAAAUUUGCCCAGUACCUGUACAGACUCGUCACGGGCACGCUCCAUGCAGACAGCGUGGAGGAUGAGUUGGAGCUUUCAGCCGUCCGCCAUCGACCCGAGGGCCUGGAGCAACUGGAGGCCCUGACCCGCUUCAACCGCAAGGAGCUGCAGAUCCUGUACCGAGGCUUCAAGAACGAGUGCCCUAGCGGCGUGGUCAAUGAAGACACCUUCAAAGUCAUCUACUCCCAGUUCUUCCCACAGGGAGACGCGUCGAUGUAUGCACAUUUUCUGUUCAACGCGUUUGACACGGAUAAAGAUGGAUCUGUGAGUUUUGAGGACUUUGUUAUGGGCCUCUCUAUCCUCCUCCGAGGCUCAGUCCAGGAGAAGCUCAACUGGGCGUUCAAUCUGUAUGAUAUUAAUAAGGACGGACAUAUUACUAAAGAGGAAAUGCUUGACAUCAUGAAGGCCAUCUAUGACAUGAUGGGGAAAUGCACAUAUCCCCUACUCAAAGACGAUACCCCUCGACAACAUGUGGAGAUAUUUUUUCAGAAGAUGGAUAAAAAUAAGGAUGGUGUUGUAACCAUAGACGAGUUUAUUGACUGCUGCCAAAAUGAUGAGAACAUCAUGAGGUCGAUGCAGCUCUUUGAAAACGUAAUUUAACUCGUGGCUGACCUGGAGAGCUCUGGACUCGACUAUCAACAGACACCAACGAACAACCAGCAUACAGCGCAAUGGACCACACAAAUCAUACAUGUAAUGGUAUGAAACAUUCUGGAAUAACUGUAAAAAAAAAAAAGAAAAAAGAAUUGAUCUUUACAAUCUUUCCUUUCCAAUUUGAGUUUUGUGGUUUGAUUAAGUAGAUUGAACUCUUCAAAUCUCCUGUGUACAAAGACACAUAUAUCUUAACAGCUGUGCUGCAGUCACCAUUUACAGUAUCUGCAGUACAGGAAUCCAGCAAACUGGGUCAUCACUGUUUCACACAGACACAAAAUAAUGAACCCCGCCUAUUUCUAAGAUGUAUCUUCUUAAAAUUGUAUUCCAAACCUUAACCCUGAUUUUAUACCAAACCUUAAAUUAAAACCAAAAUGCAAAUUUUUGUUUUCAUUAAUUUUUACGAUAUUGCCAAUUUUGCAUUUGUGCCUGUGUUAUCUAGUGGAAACCAGCAAAAUUUGUUAUCUUAUGCCACUGCCUUUAAACAGAUGGACAACAAUGAGCCUGAAAGGUGAAAGUUUGUAUGAUGAAUAGUGACAUAACUGUAUGCUGAAAUCAGGCUCAGAAUUCCAGAAUGUUCCUAACCACUGAGGUUUUUCAGCCACCACGGUCCAUCCUUUGCUCUCCCAGCACCCAAGUAAAAUAGACUUAACAUUGUACCAUUUAAAAAAAAAAGUGUAUAUACUCUAAGAAUCUAUGUGGAACUUUCAACUUUGUUCAUGCUUACUUGCCAACUAAAAUGAGACGAUGCACUCCACGUUGAACGGUGAAAAGUAUCAUUAGAAGCACACAGGUAGCUGUUACUUACAUUGAGUGUGUGAUUAGGAGAAACAAUUAUCUUGCCACAAGAUUAUGCUGCUUUUAAAUGUACUGUAUUUUAUUUGUCCGUACAUGUCUGUAUUCCCCAUGUGUCCUGUUGACUUGUUUUCAUUCAUGUUUCAAAUAACAAUUUUGCAGGUUACACUGGUAUGUUGGAUUUUGAAUUAUAUAGAUAUGGUAGAUAUGCUAGUCAAUGUACAAAGGGAUAGUCAGGUGGACAGUAUUAAGCAGAAGCUCACUCUUGGGGGGAAUUGAAUAUUUUGAAUAUGCAAGUUUAUCACUGUCCUUUGCAGAGGGUCACUGGGGUGAAGCUAUAGAAGCAAAUUGGAAUCUGUCAUACUUUGGUUUUGAGAGGUAGAUCAGAAACAACCCCUAUCCCCAACUAUCUAGACAAUAAAAAAUGUAAAAAUAAAAAAAACA